AUGGCUCAAAGAGGAGUAUGGCAGCUCCAGAAGCUCGUUGUGAGCUACUGUAAUUGGGGAGGUAGCAGUAGAGGCAUAAGAGCCUUUAUGGAAUCAGAAUUGCCUGCAUUUAUAGCAAAAAAUCCGCAGCUCGAUGUGGUGCCCGAGCUUUCACGGGGACAACAUCCUUACUUGAAGGGCAUAUACAGGAAUCGAAAUGAGAGGGUGGUGUGUGUGAAGAACAUGGAUCCUGAAGAAGUGCUUCUGAAUGCAACAAGGCUGAGGAACUCACUGGGAAGGAAAGUGGUGAAACUGAGGACCAGACAUGUGACCAAACAUCCGAGCGUUCAAGGCACGUGGACAACCGCUGUCAAGUUCUGA